UUUUUCUUCUUUGACACUUGAAAGUGCAGUACGUUCUUUUUUCUCUUCAUUGUGAAAUGUUACAAAAGGCUGGACGAGGAAAAUCAGGAUUCCUUAAAUAUAUCGCAAGUGGUGCCAAAAUCUUAUUCGUAGCCGAAGUGGCAGCAUUUAGUGUCUCAUAUUUGGUUUGGCAUCGCAUGAACACAAAUCGUGAUUUCCGUCAGUAUAUGAGCGAAAACUUUCCGACCGUACUUGAAGGUUACUAUUCGUUUGGUGAAUUUAUGGGUAGUGAUCCUCGAAUCCGUGGAAUUGACAAAGCCUAUUGGGACAAUAAGGAACCAAGUCGAUCACACUAAAUAAUUCGUACACUCAUGCAGAGAUACAUAAAAUCCGUAUAUCUGCUGGUUGGUUUCACUGGACUUGGCUAUUUUUUGUUGAAAUUAACAACGCCUGCAGAGUAUAAACUGCCACAACUUCGUCAAACCACUCACUUUACCAGUGAACAAAAUCGUCAAGCUAAGCUAGUUAUGGAAAGAAUGAAGGCGACCACUCAAAACAAAUAAUAAACUCAGCAUCCAACCUACUACGUACCAGAACAAAAACAAUUUUUUGAAUAGAAAAGGAAACCCGACUCAGAAUCAUGAAAAUGGAACAAAUUGUAGAAGUAGAAGCAAAAAAAGAUGGAAAGAUAACGUUGAUGAUAAAUCGCGAAAAGGAGAGGCAACAGAAUCGCGAAAAUGCUCUGAAAUCGAAAGCAAACACGAACGCUGAAGAAGAGGACCGCGACUUGUUUCGUGAGACAUUCGAGAGACGUGUUCGUGAGGUCGAAGAAAAUUUGGAGAAUAUGCAACCGGGCGACGUCAAAAACCUGUCGAAACAAUUGUACGAUGCAUCGGGGGCCAUACAAGAGCUUCAAAAUUAUCUGUCCAAUUCAACGUUAUUCCUGCCCGACUACAAUGUGAAAGGAUAUCAGGGCACCAUCACCAAACUGGUGACCAAUUUGGAAAAUACGAAAACGAAAUUGAUGCCGAAGAAGAAAUUUGGAUUCAAGGCCAAAACAUUGCUCACGACGAUCACGGAUGUGCCAGCACUGAAACCACUGAAAAACAUUUCGACAAAGGCGCAGAAUGUUGAUUGGACCGUUCAAAAUAGAGCGAACGAGGAAAUAUUAUUACAAAACGAUGAAACUAACAACAAGGACCUAACAAUGUCCACACUCACAAAUUGUCUAAUUAUAAUUAAAGGACACGCCGGUUCACUUCAACUAUCCAAUCUAAAAAAAUGUCUCAUAGUAUGCGGCCCGGUCGCUCGGUCAAUAUUCGCCGAUAAUUGUGAGGAUUGUACAUUCACCUUCGGUUGCCAACAGUUACGUUUACAUUCGUCCAAGGACUGCAGUCUUUACAUGCAUGUGACGUGUCGCGCUAUCAUCGAGGACUGUGUUAACAUUUCGGUGGCUCCAUUCAAUUACACCUAUGACAACAUUGACAUCGACUUUAUGAAGGCAGGCCUUGACAUCAAGGUCAAUAACUGGGAAGAUGUGGCUGACUUCAACUGGUUGUCGACUGACAAAGCCUCACCAAAUUGGAGGAAAUUGAGUGUGGAAGAAAGGAUUGCCGAUUUUGAUGAAUUAAUUUCGUCAUUUCGGCUAUUGAUUUCGUAAUGUGAAUGGGACCGGAAAUUUUGUAGUUACUAAAACCAAUUAAAAUGCUUAGAUUAUGUUAACCAA